AUGGAUGAAAAAUUGACAAAAUCAUUUAUAAAGCGUUCCUUAUUCGGAACUUGCUAUUUAGAAAGAAAGAUUAGGCUACAUUUACUUAUUACACCCCCUCCACCACUUCAGGCAUUGUAUGAUGGGAAUAAUGAUCAAUCAAACUCCUUUCUAAGUUAUACUCGAGUGUAUAAUGCAGCCAAUGCUUUUACGAGUCUUGGUGCUACAUUGGAUCCUAGAGUACUCAGUGGAAGGGGCCCUACAUCAUUCACAAUUCAUGGGGAAUUGCGACAUCGAACAGAAUCACUACAACCACAACUAGGGCAGGAUGCGAGUUAUGCUCAGCUGUAUAUCUAUGACCCUUAUUCAGCUCUAGAAAUUCGUAAUCGUAGAAAUCCUAACUUGAGAAGGGAUGUUCUCAAAACUAUUCAAGAUAGUUUGUUGCAAGUCAAUGCAUUUGUAGAUAAAUAUCACUAG